CCAUAAGUCUCUUGCCCACCCGAUACGCGCCCCCUCGUAUCACCGUUCCCUCUCCGUCCGUCCACGCGUGCUCCCACGAAACACCCGUACCAUACUCGCCGUAUGAUAUCGCUAUGGCUCUCUGAGGAGACGCGCCGGGCACUCUGACAACAUGGACGCCUCCAGAUCCCGGAAGGGGCGGAAGAGGGGAUUCAGCCCCCGCCCAUUCUAUACCGUCGUCUUCCUCCUCACCCUUCUCACCACCUACUCCCUCCUUGUACGGGGAGCUUCCGGGCCGCCCGAAGAGGGACCGCGUCUGGGGAAGCGGUCCGGCGAAGAUUGCCAUCUAGUCCACAGUGCCCGAGACAAGUGCGACUUCGUAAGGCGGAAUUGUCGCGACGACGAGCCGGGCAUAUUCGAAUACCUGACCUUCUACUACUGUGGCCCCGAGCGAGCACGGCCCGUUGCCUUCAUGGGUAUGGUCAUAUGGCUGGGCCUGCUGUUCAGUACCAUCGGGUUGGCUGCGAGCGACUUCUUCAGUGUCAAUCUCAGCACCAUCUCGACUGUUCUCGGCCUGAGCGAGAGCCUCGCUGGCGUCACCUUCUUGGCCUUUGGGAACGGGUCACCUGAUGUUUUCAGCACCUUCGCCGCCAUGGGCUCUAAUAGCGGGAGUAUGGCCGUCGGUGAGCUGAUCGGCGCCGCCGGCUUCAUCACGUCUGUCGUCGCUGGCUCUAUGGCCCUGGUACGUGAAUUCAGGGUCAGCAGGAAGACCUUCGUGCGAGACAUAUGCUUUUUUAUAGCGUCUGUCAGUUUUGCCAUGGGCUUCCUGGCCGACGGGAACCUGUAUCUCUGGGAGUGUGGUAUCAUGAUCGGUUUCUACAUUUUCUACGUGAUCGUAGUCGUCAGUUGGCAUGCCAUUACGAAGAGGAGGAAAGCGCAGCGGGCCCGGGAGUCCCUGUCCCGCAGUCAUUUCUACGCUGCGUCGAGCGGCCACAGCAAUGACGAGCUGGAGCCUUAUAGAGACGACCCAGACGAUGACGACACCACACCCUCAGAACGGCGGACUGCCACCCCCGAUAUCAGCGCGCUAGAACGAGCGCCUAGAAUCGAGAUCGGUUCUCCUGACGACGACGACGACGACGACGAUGACAACGAUCAUAGACAACACGUUGCCGCAGAGAUGACGAGCAGCAUGCGAAUAAACCGCCCCCGUGGGCGGAGGAGCAAUACCACCAUCACUCCCAUCCGGCCCAGUCUAGUGGGCGCGCUUGAGUUCAGAUCGGUCCUGUCGUCGUUGCAGGAGGAGGGCAACGUACGCAUGCGGCCAAUACUCCAUGCCCGCAGCACGUCGGCCGACCUCACGGAUCUAGGACUGGAUAUCGAGACUUCUGCUGUCAUACGAGGGAGGAGCAGCGCGCAAACAAUUCAGGGCGUCGAGGAUGCUUCUGCCGUGACAAGGAACCGCUCCCUGUCAUCUGGGGCCAUCCUGUCUACCUUUGAUGCAAGCCUCGCCCCCCCAGAACCUUCGGAGGAUAGGGGGAGAAGGACUCCAAGCCCGCAUGUUGUAGAUGGGAAAUUAGCUCCUCCGCUCAGCGACCAGUUUGGAGGCCUGCAGGCAGAUGCCUCUACCAAAAAGGGCGCGUCAGAUCGCCCGCCGCUGUUGCAUCUUCGCGUUCCUAGCUCCCACGGCAGCGAGAGAUCGGCAUCGACAUCAACAUUGUCACCAUUCCCUGCAUAUACGGAUUCGCCCCCCGCGGGCACACCAACCUCGCCGAGGCAUCCGCAUUCGAUGCUUCCGACCCCUAGGGAGGAGCGAGACCGCCUGUUUCCUCCUUUUACCCAACGUUCUGGCUCGAAACCCAUUUGGUGGUGGCCUUACCGAUUACUGCCUUCUCCCUACAUUAUCUUCACCACUCUAUUUCCCACUUUGCAGGGGUGGCGGAGCAAAGGCAUCUGGGAUAAAUUCGUUAGUGUGAUAUCGGUCCCAAGCAUCUUCUUGCUGGUCAUUACACUGCCCGUAGUGGAAAACGAGACCCCAGAUGACGACUUAGAAGCAGAGAGCGUGGCAGAUGAGGCACCACUACUCGCACCGAGCGACGCGGGAAAUACAGCAGCACCAACGUUGUCCCUAGAAGUAGAGGUGCCUGUCGAGUCCGAAACGGAGUGGCAACGCUACAGGCGGCGCACAAGGUCUACGGCAUCGAGUCGCAGUCGCUCGCCCAGCUUCAUCUCUUUAGCGGUGCCUGGCGGCGAAGAAGAGCCAGGCCAAGAUCCGGCUGCAGUGGUCUCUUUUCUGUCGGGUGUGCCCAUGCCGAAGCCUGUUUCCGAGCUCGGGCAAGGCGAUUCGACGGUAACCGACGACGAACCAGCGUGGAACCGCUGGCUGCUAAUUCUCCAGAUAUUCACCGGUCCCCUAUUUUGUGUAUGCAUCGUCUGGGUGAACAUGGCCGAGGAUUUGGAUCGGCCACUACUAGUCCUCGUGAAGGCCUCGCUCAUGUCGCUUGUAUGCUCUCUAGUCUUACUCGCCCUCUUGCUCGUCACCACGUCGCCAGACCGGCGGCCCAAGUACUACUUCAUGUUCUGUUUUCUCGGAUUUUGCAUCGCGAUCGCGUGGAUCUCCACGAUAGCAGGCGAGGUAGUCGGCGUGCUGAAGGCAUUUGGGGUGAUUCUAAACAUAUCGGAAGCAAUACUAGGGCUUACCGUGUUCGCGGUCGGCAAUUCGGUUGGCGACCUGGUAGCAGACGUGACUGUGGCCCGGCUCGGAUAUCCUGUCAUGGCCCUAUCUGCCUGUUUCGGUGGUCCUCUGCUGAACAUACUCCUCGGAAUCGGCCUAGGGGGUGCAUACCAGGCGAUAAGCGCAGCGAAGGAGGGUAGGGACCCCGAUACGCCGAUACACUACCGACCGUACCGCAUACAAGUUACCGGGACGUUGAUGGUUUCUGCGAUAACCCUGCUCUUCACGUUGCUCGCGCUGCUCGCUGUGAUCCCGAUAAAUAAAUGGAUUAUGAGCAGGAAGAUUGGGUGGAGUCUGAUCGGGCUCUGGUCCAUCAGCACGGUGAUGAACCUCGUCAUCGAGAUAACGGGUGUGUGGAGUGAUAUAGCAUAGAAGCCCCCGACGAACUCCCGGCGGCAGAGAUACGAUUGCCGUUUAUGGCAUGCGCAGCGGUCGCUUGUUAUGCUCCACCCACCUCAGUUUUGACGACCUAAACCGGCGUAACGCACCGAGAAUUCCGUCUAAGUCGUGACACUGCGAAAAGUUGGGAUGAGUUCUUUCUUUUUUUUUGGCCUCCUCUUAAGGGGGUUAGUACGGCUUCAUAGUGAACCUGAUAGAUUAUCGAAAAGGUAACAACUUACACGGGCAUGA